CCCGCUCUCCAGCGCCGCCGCGUCCCCGUUCAGUACCACGGCGUCUCCUGUCUGUGCUGCGGCGAGGCCACUUCGCCGCCGUCCGGGCCCUGCACGUGGGGCGGGAGCCUCCCGCCUCCCCCCUCCCACCGCAGUGGGAAUUUCCGUGCAUCCCGGAAGAGAGGACCGGCCACUUCCGCCUGCCGGGACCGGACCGCAGCCGCCACCAUGACCGCCACCCUGCGCCCGUACCUGAACGCGGUGCGCGCCACGCUGCAGGCCGCGCUGUGCCUGGAGAACUUCUCCUCGCAGGUGGUGGAGCGGCACAACAAGCCCGAGGUGGAAGUCAGGAGCAGCAAAGAGCUGCUGUUGCAGCCGGUGAUCAUCAGCAGGAACGAGAAGGAGAAGGUCCUCAUUGAGGGCUCCAUUAAUUCUGUGCGCGUCAGCAUCGCAGUGAAACAGGCCGAUGAGAUCGAGAAGAUCUUGUGCCACAAAUUCAUGCGCUUCAUGAUGAUGAGGGCUGAGAACUUCUUCAUCCUGCGCAGGAAGCCCGUGGAGGGCUACGACAUCAGCUUCUUGAUCACAAACUUCCACACGGAGCAGAUGUACAAGCACAAGCUGGUGGACUUUGUCAUCCACUUUAUGGAGGAGAUCGAUAAGGAGAUCAGCGAGAUGAAGCUCUCUGUCAAUGCCAGGGCCCGCAUCGUGGCAGAGGAGUUCCUCAAGAAUUUUUAGGCUGUGGCGCAGGACCCCAUGGCUCCCCGACGCUUGUGCCUGCCGGGCACCGUGCCUGCUCCUGCUGCCCCGCAGACGGCCGGGCCGGGCCCCGCCCACCCCUCGCCGGGCGGCCGUGCUGGGAGCAGCCUCCGCUUGCGGCAGAGCGGCCCCGGUUGCCGCCGUUGUCUCGUCUCGUUUUUUUAAAACGGUCUCGUUUGCUGUAA